ACAGGGGAAAGGGUAAACCUGUGUGCAGCAGUUGUGUUUAUCCCUGACUUUUUUUACACACAGAGUGCAAAUAUGGCUCUAGCAAACCCAGACGAUCUUAAAGCCACAAAAGUGAAUUUAGUGGAGCAGAGUGACAGGCCAGGAGGCGUGAUGAUGGUGAACACAUACGCCACUAACAGGGCCUCAGACCCCAUGGAUUUGGUGGAGCUAGCCAGAACUGUACAGAAGGGGGAUGAAUUCACACGGGCCACUGCUGGCAGUAAGCUGACAAUUAUAGCUGAUCAGAUAAGAUAUCUUCAGGAACAAGCCAGGAAGGUUCUGGAGGAAGCCAGACGGGACUCUAUGCUACACCAUGCAGCCUGUAACAUCGUGAAGAAACCUGGACAGACCUAUUACUUGUACGAGAGAGAGUCGGGGCAAAAGUACUUCUCUCUCCUCUCACCCCAGGAGUGGGGUCCAUCGUGCCCGCAUGAUUUCGUGGCAGCUUUCCGGCUGGAGUCUGACAUGUCCUGGACACCGGUGGAAAAUAUAGAGAGACGCAGUGAGGAAAUUGCCAUGAUAGACAAAGUUCUGAAUGCUCAGAAAGCCAUUAUGGAUGUGGACUCUGUACUGGGACUAAAAUGGUCAUCCACGGACAACACCAUAUUGGAACACACUGAGGAGAAAACAGGGAGUUGAGACCAGUUGGUUUAGGUUCAUAAGACUUUAACUGUGAUUGUGGUUUGGUCAGUAUAUAGGCUGAUAAAAGCCAUGAUCCACUUUCCUCUUGUUACUGGAUAUAAAUCUACUUGUACUAACAACAUACAUAACAACAUCACCACCUGUGGUUUACACUACUACUGUCAAAGAAAGGAACCAAUUCCGCAUCGAUGUAAGGGAAUAUAUUUCAAGAAAUGGUAGACCGAAUUUUUGCUAAGAGAACCCCAGAAUUCAUUAACUUAGUUUGUAACCAGUACACUGUAUUUAUGAAGUCGAGCUGGUCAUAGUGAGAAAAAAGUGAUGGACAACACAUUUGUGGUUGGUUGUGUCAUCUAGCGCUUGUUGAAGACCAACUGACUUCCACCAGCAUGGAGUGCAUAUGUGGGAAGGUUUGUCAGUAACUUGCCAAAUGUUGGAGGAUUUUCCCUGGGCUCAUCGAUUUCCUCCACCCUGAAAAUUGACUGCCAUUGUGUCAAUGAAGAAUUUCUGUUUAUGGCAUUAAAAAGAAGUAAGAUAUAUGAAAGCAGUUGUUGAAGUACAUUUGACUGAAAAUGUGUAGCAGAGUAUCCAGGGAUCGUUUUUGCUGAAAUUCUGAUACUUGUGUGGUCAUUUUAUUUACAGUAAUCAGCAACCAUGUGUUAACAUGCUGUAACAGGUUCUCCCAGGAGGAUUGCAUACCUUUGACCUGUAGGUCAGAUGGUCAGUCCCAAAAUUCUGAUCAUCGUUACAUAAGAGUGAAGUACAUGUAUUCAAGAUCAUGAUUAUGUAAAACACAAAUAACUAUUAGAAAAAUAAAUAUGUUAUGGUAAUGAUGAGAUCAUGCUAAGAACUUCUUAUAAUGAGCGAAGCAAGAUUUGAUGUGUGUUCACUCUAUAGUCUGUCAGUGUCCUUACGGCUCAUCGGCAGUGGAAUGGUACAGAGAGAUGUAAUAUACAUGUAUAUCGGGUGGGCAUAAAAAAAUGGGCCGUACUUUGAUGCUGCAUUGCUCUAUUAUCCUUUGUUCAAACCCUUUCAACUUUAAACGUUUAAAUGGCAUGAUUUUGUUAAUAUAGUGACCAAUUUUCAAGGUCAUAGCUGGAGUAGUCUGUACACAGGGUUAAAAUGAAAACAUAGCCUAAAAAACUCACUUUCCGGUGACCCACAUUUGCUGAAUCAAGGUGAUUUUCUUUGCGGCAGACAAGGAAUUGAUCACCUUUCCAAGUAAAACAAGGUAGAACAUCAUUUUGAAAUGUCCGGAACAUGCGUUUUUGACUCUAUUUUGAUUUUGGUCCCUGGAACAGAAAUCUUAAAGAAUGAAAUUGAAAUUUGGUCUGUAUGCUUAGGACAUAAUGGCUUUUGAGUGUGUACAUUUUUAGAAGCUGACAUAAUAGGGUUUUGGAUAUAUUGAGUGUCAAAGUAUGGCCCAGUUUUUUAGGCCCACCCAAUGUAUGGUUAAUGAAACAAUGUUUUUAUUUUUAACUAAGGCUGGAGGCCAACUUGUAUCUCACAUGUAAAUAGCUAAUUUCAUUCCUGCUCAUGAACUCUAUUUUAUGCCAGGUGAAUAAUUUAUGUCAUAACCAGAGUGCAGUUUUUAUGUGUAUGUGCAACACUACAUGUAUGGAUAUACUGGUAUUAAACAGUGUCAGUGUUGCAAAGUGUUUGUAAGGAGUCUUGUUUUGGUUUACAGGAUGUAUACAGUGUAUGUGUGUAUGUAUACGAUAAUGAAUGUAUGGAUAUCCAUCGAUACCUUUUAGAUUGUUACAAUAAAAGAAUUCAAAGUCAUAGA